GCUCAAAACCCGUUUUGUCCUUCAUAGGAUAGCACGCCUCAUGUUCCCCACAAAAGGGUCUUUCACACCUUUCACAUUUCCCUUGGACCGGUCAGUCCGCCUUAUAUAAAGCUGGUCAUCGCUGGAAGAUUCUAACCCCCGCUACCUCUCUCAUACUCUCGUCUUUGGACUACUUUCGCACAACGAUCAGAUCAGAUCACUGAUUCCCAGGUUGAAAUUCGAGCUCGAGUCAAGUUCGAGUCGAGAAAUCAGCACCAUGGCUUUAACGAUGGCAGCACACCCAAUACUAGUCAGAGACCACGCAUCGCGCGUAACACGGGCGGGAUCCGUUUUCGCCGACACAACCAACUUGCAUCGUCGGGUCAAGUCUUCACCAUCGACGAAGCACCAUAACGCUCUUUUCCCAUUCUCCUCCCGCCCGUGCAAAGCCCCACCCACCCUUUCCCUUUCAGCGACAUGCGCUAGUUCCUCGCAGUCGCGGGCGCUCCUACCAUCUCCCCCCGAUCUACCGGAUGUCCGGAGUGUCAUACCCUUCCCUUCCACGUCACCUGCAGAUGAUGUCGCUAGCGUAAUGGAUGUUCAUAUGUUCGAUGGGACAACCGAUAGCGUUGAUUCGCAGUCUUUCCCAUCAGCUCUGUUUUCAUCCUGUAAUGGCACCGCCUCUCCGUGCUCUGCGCAAACCCGUCUUCGGAAACGGCGAUCCCAAGCUAUUGCCACGCUCUCCCAGCCAUCGAGUCCCAGACGGGAUAAAAAGGCCAAGUCAAGGGAGAGUAGCAGGUCCGGGAGUACAGACCCGGUUGUGCGCAAGCGGUCGCGUAAGAGUUGGCGCCAAGUCGCGGACUUGAUGAUCCUCGCUACCGUGCAUCGCAGCCUCGUAUCAAACUGCAGCACAGAUCCGUGGGACUGUUUUCAGGGAGAGGAUGUUGCGCCAGUUGAUGCACAGACCCUUGAGGGGCAGGAUGUGCUCCUGGCACGCAGGAUCCAGACACGAUUAGUUGAACAUGGAUGGUCAUUGGUAACUGAUGGCAUCCCAGAGAUGCCUCGUGAUCAUGACGCGUCCAUUCCUUCUUCCGCGCAGGCAGAGUCAUCCAAAUCUAUACACUCCGACACAGUCCUGAACCACCACAGUCUAUCAUCUGACACGCCCUCACCACGAUCAUCCCCACCGCCCACAAGCGCUCCUAUGCCCUCUGUCCUCACUAUGCCUCAGCUCGUCGCCACACUGAUGAUGCGAUACAACGACCGAUGUAGCACGCGUUCGCGCUCGAGCUGGAAAGCUCGCCGUGCUGAUAUAUCUUCUGGCCAUUUCGGCCAGCGGAAGUCGUCCCUGUCUGUGGCUUGUAGCUAGCAGACUUGUGCGUGCUGGCUUCCCUGAUGAAGCAGAGAUUGAGUCUCCGCUGCCAGGCAUUGUAUCAUGCUGCUGAUGCAUCAUUUAUCUUCGCCGCGGCCACGAUGCAUCGUACCUUUGCCACGAUGCUUCACAUCAUUUGCCACGAGGCGUCAUAUAUUUGCAAUGAGGCAUUUAUCUUUUUUUAUGUAUUU